AUGAAGCCUGAGACUCACAUUUUCCUUUUUGGCGACCAAACCUAUGAUUUCGUGCCGGAUCUUCGUCGGCUGCUCAGCUGCAGGAGCAAGCCUAUCCUGGCCGCCUUCCUCGAGCAGGCCCACUUUGUGAUCCGCGCCCAGAGCAACCUUUGGUGCUCAUCGGCUGAGCGACAAGCCUCGCGGAGUUCCAGUCUCUCGCAUCUGCUGCAGAAGUACUGUGAAGGCAGCUUGAGCCCCGCCUUCCAAGUGUCUCUGCAUGCUCUAACUCAAUUGGGCUCGUUCAUCUGUCAUUAUGAAGAGCCUGGCGCGGUAUAUCCCUCUCCUGGGUCAACCUACUUGAUUGGCCUUUGCACGGGCUCGCUCGCGGCGGCGGCUAUUGCCUCGUCCAGCUCUUUGUCGGAAUUGCUUCCGGCUGCGGUUCACACUGUUCAGAUCGCCUUGCGCCUCGGUCUGCUUGCAGUGGAUGUGAGGGAUCGCAUUGGGCGCCCAGAGGCUGGCGAACCGAAUCAGUGGUCGAUGCUGUUCUUCGGGCUGGAUGAAGAGACCGCUCUUCCGGCUCUACAGGAGUUCAUUCGUACAAAGUGUGUGUCGGAGUUAUCGCGCCCCUUUGUGAGCGCCCACGCGGGCAAAGCCCUGACUAUCAGCGGGAGCCCCACCGUGCUGGAAGAUCUACGCUCUGCCCCGGUGUUUUCUCAGUACCGGUCGAAGCCCAUACCCAUCUUCCUCCCGGCUCACGGUCGCCACUUGUUCUCCAAGAAUGAUGUAGCAACAAUUCUCGAAACCACUGUGCCAACCCAGUGGUCCGGCUUCAAUGCCAAACUUCCAGUCAUUUCUGGCGCUACCGGCAUGCCGGUCUGGGCGGGCGGAUUCGUCGCGCUCCUGGAACGCGCCCUGGGUGAUUGCCUGCUGGAACCUAUCCGAUGGGACAAGGUCGUGGGCAAUUUCCGCUCCAUUGUGGGUGGCAGUGGAGCGGAAGCUAUCACCAUCACGCCUAUCGCUACCAAUCUAGAGCAGAAUCUGUCUGCCAGCCUGAAGGAGCUGGCCAACAUUCAGGUCCAGCCACUGGAUGGACUACAGGAGACCAGUUUCCAAUCGACUCCCCGGGCCAAGUCGAAGCUGGCUAUUGUGGGUAUGUCUGGCCGAUUCCCCGAGUCCCCCACACCGGAGGCAUUCUGGGACAUGCUCUACGAGGGACUGGAUGUCUGUAAAGAGGUUCCCCAGAAACGGUGGGACUGGCGAACUCACGUCACCCCCGAUGGUAAGGGCCACAAUAUGGGUGGCACGAAAUGGGGAUGCUGGCUGGACUUCGCGGACCAGUUCGACCCCAGAUUCUUCAGUAUCUCGCCCAAGGAAGCACCGCAGAUGGAUCCCGCGCAACGCAUGGCGCUCAUGACAACGUACGAGGCGCUUCAGGGAGCCGGCUUUGUGUCCAAUACCACGCCUUCCAGUCAGCAGGACCGGGUCGGAGUUUUCCACGGCGUGACCAGUAAUGAUUAUCUGGAGUGCAACAGUGGACAGUACAUCGACACUUAUUUCAUCACCGGCGGCAACCGUGCCUUCAUCCCGGGCCGUAUCAACUUUUGCUUUGAGUUCACUGGGCCAAGUUACACGAAUGAUACUGCAUGCUCGUCCAGCCUGGCAGCUAUCCAUCUGGCUUGUAACUCGAUCUGGCGUGGUGACUGUGACACAGCCAUUGCAGGAGGUACAAACAUGUGUAUCAACCCGGAUGGACACACUGGGCUGGAUAAGGGCUUCUUCCUGUCAAGAACCGGUAACUGCAAGCCGUUUGAUGAUGCCGCGGAUGGCUACUGCCGAGGUGAAGCUGUAGCGACAAUAGUCAUCAAGCGACUGGAAGACGCGAUCGCAGAGAACGAUCCCAUCCUGGGCGUCAUCCUGGAUGUGAAGACCAACCAUUCCUCUAUGGCUGACUCGAUGACCCGGCCACAUGUCGAAGCCCAAGUGGACAACAUGAACUCGGUGCUAGCCACGGUGAACGUCGAUCCCUCCGAAGUCAGCUAUGUUGAGAUGCACGGAACCGGAACUCAGGUUGGCGACGCUGUGGAGAUGGCAUCCGUUUUGGGCGUGUUUGCUAAAGACGAAGCAACGCGGACGCCGGAAAACCCGCUUCAUGUGGGUACUGUGAAAGCCAAUAUUGGACACGGCGAAGGUGUUUCCGGCAUCUCCAGUCUCUGCAAGGUGCUCUUGAUGAUGAAGCACAAUACAAUUCCACCCCACUGUGGUAUCAAACCUGGCAGCCGCAUCAACCGCAAUUAUCCGGAUUUACCUGCACGUAAUGUCCACAUCGCCUUAGGACCCACGCCGUGGGAACGAGGGCCCAGUACUCGCAAGGCUCUCAUCAACAACUUCAGCGCAGCAGGUGGCAACACAGCCCUUCUUCUAGAAGAUGCCCCCGUCCGUUGUCCCCCAGAGGGUCAGGAUCCACGUACCAGCCAUAUCGUGACUGUCUCUGGGCAUGUGGCGGCCGCCCUCAAGAACAACUUGGAGAAUUUGGUAGCAUACCUCCGGAAGGAAGAACAGAACCCUAGCUUCUCGCUCGCACAACUCUCCUGGACAACUACCGCACGUCGCCAACAGCAUGUCUUCCGUGUCAGUGCGACCGGAACUAGUCUUACCGAGAUUGCAGACAAAUUGCAGAUCGCCCUGGAUCGCGGAGAUGGUAGUACGCGUGCGAAGUCUAAGCCCAAGGUACUCUUUGCCUUCACUGGGCAGGGAGCGCAGUAUAUGGCGAUGGGCCAGCAGCUGUUGGAGACUUAUCCAGGCUUCCGAUCCGAUGUCGAACACUUUGACUUCAUGGCACAGGGACUCGGAUUUCCAUCUUUCAUCCAAAUCCUUCUUCAGAAGGAUGGAAGCAUUGACCAGUACCCCCCUGUCACCGUUCAGUUAGCCAUCACCGCCAUCCAGAUGGCCUUGGCCAAUCUUCUGAUCGCCUUUGGCAUCCGCCCGCAUUCCGUGACCGGACAUAGUCUCGGUUUCUACGCGGCGCUCCAAGUGGCCGGUGUGCUCACUAUUGCUGACACUUUGUUCCUGGUCGGUCGGAGAGCCCAGUUAUUACAGGAGUUCUGCCAGCAGGGUACCCAUGCUAUGCUGGCCUUGAAAGCUCCCCGGCAUACCAUCACUCAGCUAUUGGCGAACCAGCAAUGUGAGAUUGCUUGUGUCAACGGCCCAGAAGAUUUGGUGAUCAGUGGAUCGAACGCCCAGAUCCAGGCUGCGAAGGCUAUUUUGGCCCAGAACCGGAUCCCCUCUACCUUGCUGAAGGUUCCUUUCGCCUUCCACUCAGCGCAGGUUGACCCGAUCUUGGCUCCCUUUACCGCCGCUGCAGCAGGGGCCCGAUUCCAUGCGCCCACCCUACCCGUACUUUGUCCGCUGACCGGCUCCGUUAUCCAGACUGAUGGCAUCUUUGAUGUUCAAUACCUGGCUCGGCAUUGCCGCGAGACCGUAGACAUGGCAGGAGCUCUCUUGGCAGCUCAGUCCGCCAAGAUCAUUGAUUCCAAGACCUUCACCGUGGAGGUUGGCCCGCACCCCGUGGUAUGCGGCAUGGUGCGAGCCACACUUGGAGAGGAGAUGCGUACUCUCCCAAUCCUCCAGCGCGGUGCAUCUGUUUGGCCUAAUUUGACUGCUGCUGUCCAGGCUUUGUACGAUUCCGGCGCUGAUCUGGACUGGGGAGUCUAUCACGCGCCCUUCUCCGCCGCGCACAAUGUGCUUGAGCUCCCUGCAUACGGAUGGGAUCUGAAGAGCUACUGGAUUGAUUACGAGAACGACUGGUGUAUCUACAAGCCCCAUGGCCGGCCCAUCACCGCCACUGAAUCCAAGGAACCAGCACCAAAAGCGCUUAAUAAAGCCUACACACCCACUCCUCCGAAAGCGGCGCGACCCCUCGUGCCUCACCCUCAAACCAGUACCGUUCAUCGCAUGGUUGAGGACAACACGACUGGAGGCCAGAUCCGCUUGGUCUUCGAGGGAGAUAUCAGUCGAGCUGAUAUCAAGGAUCUGGCUGCAGGUCACAUUGUCAAUGGUAUCCCCUUCACCGUUCCUUCAUGGUUUGCAGACAUGGCCCUCGUUGUUGGGAAGUACGCCCAUCAACGCUUUGCUCCCGAUCGUUCUAUCAUCAUCGAUGUGGCCGAUGUUGUGGCUGAUAAGGUGCUGGUGCCGCAUGCCCGCGGAGCCCAGCCAGUUCGGGUCUCUCUGACUGCGCCGUUUACCGACAAUGUGCCCAACACUCUGCGCGAAGGCAAAAUUGAGUUCUACAGUGUUGAUGCGAAGGGAAACACCACCUCCCGACACGGCUACGGUGUCUUGCGUUUUUCGGACACUUCUCUCUUGAAGACCGUUCAAUCAAGCAUCCCAGACUACCAGUCUCGGAUCCAGCGGCUACGCAACGGCGUAUCUGAGGACGACCUCAUGCGCUACAACAAGAAGAGUGGGUACCGCCUGAUGUCGCGCGUCGCAGACUUUGGACCGGACUAUAAACUACUCGACGACCUCAUUGUGAAUGAGAACACCCUGGAAGCUACGGGUAUCCUCAACUUUGCCACUGUCGCUCCUGGGGGAUCCUUUGCGGCGCAUCCAGGCUGUGUCGAUGCCAUCACUCAAGUGGGUGGAUUUGCUAUCAAUGCACGAGAGUGCAUGGAUCUGGAUGUGGAGGUCUUCAUCAGCCAUGGAUGGCAGGGCCUGCAGCUGUAUGAAGAGCUCAAGACGGAUAGAAAGUAUGAAGUCUACGUGCAGAUGUACGCUGAUGGGCAUGAGUUCUAUCGUGGCGAUACCGUUGUCAUGGAUCAGGGCAAGCUGGUGGCUUUCUUCAAGGGUGUUACUGUCCAACGCAUGCUACGCAAGUAUCAGAAGGUUGUCACACAAUCGCUUCACCAGAAGAGCGGCUCAACUAAGAAGGUCGACAAUGGCGCGCCCAAGCCGGCGGCUGCACCGUUGAAGGCGCCCGUGCAAAAGUGCCCGGUUGCAGCUCCAACUCCUGCGGCCGUUCAACCACCACAACAAGCGAAACCCGCUGUGAAGCCCGUUGUAUCUCAGCAGGUUGAAUUAUCGGCCCCAAAAGCGCCCGCUGUACGCUCUUCUGGACCAAAGGCCAGCAAGGCGGCCCCGCCGAUUAUCGCACAGGUCAUGGCGAUUGUAUCCGAAGAGAGCGGAAUUUCUGAGGACGAAUUGACCGAUGAUAGUAACUUCGCCGACAUCGGUAUCGACUCGCUGUGCUCGAUGGUGAUUGGCAGUCGGCUGCGCGAGGAUCUACACUUGGAUCUAGCCGCCGAUUUCUCCAUCUUCGUCAACUGUCCUACGGUGAAGCAAUUGAAGGACUUCCUCAUUGAGCUUGAUGGGGGCUCUGAGUCUUCAGGGGCACCGGACGAGGAGAUGAGCGAGGUGUCUGUUCAGGUCCAACAUGUCGAGCUUCAACCUGUGGAAGAACCGGUUUUGAUCUCAACCCCAAGCUCCACCGACAGCACCCGUCUGGCAUCCUUUUCUUCCUCAUUCGCCCCCUCGGUGCGGGACUCCAACGCAACAGCCCAAUUCGACCAUGAAAGCACUCAAGUACCAUCCUACAACCCGUCGUUCUCAUCUGGGCCAGACCUGAAGGCUCCUAUGGCAGUAGCAGUGGAUGAAACAGUCAGAUCCGAACCUAGGCCCAAAAAAGCGGCAAUGGCGAGCACGCUGGUCCAGAAUGCGAUCGCAAUUGUCUCUGACGAGAGUGGCCUAAGCCUUGAGGACUUGACCGAUGACAGCAACUUUGCUGACAUUGGUGUGGACUCGCUGUGCUCGAUGGUCAUUCAGAGUCGACUGAGGGAAGAGCUCGCCGUGGAUUUGGAUGCAGACUUCUCAAUCUUCAUCAACUGUCCUACAGUUGCAGAUCUGAAGACCUUCCUAGCCAACACAGAGAAUGUUGAUGCCGACAACAGCACCAGCGCCUUCGACUCCCCAGAUACAUCCCCUCUGGCAACUCCUGACGAAAGUGCCAGCGACGUUGAUUCUGACAUCGACCAUGCCUUCCAAUACCAGAACCUGUCCUCCGAAUGCCGCGCUGCAACCUCAGUCAUUCUCCAAGGUAUCCCUAAGCUGGCGCCCAAAACCCUUUUCCUCCUACCUGAUGGCUCUGGCUCUGCAACCUCCUACGUCCAGAUCCCCCGCCUUUCCGCGGAUGUUGCCCUAGUCGGCCUGAACUGCCCCUAUGUUCGCAGCCCAGAAGACCUGAACUGCACGCCUGCUGCCAUGGUCUCCAGCUUUUGCGACGAAAUCACACGCCGCCAACCCAUUGGCCCAUAUCACCUGGGCGGCUGGUCCGCCGGCGGUGCAUUUGCAUUCGCCUGCGCCAGCCACCUCAUCCAAUCCGGCGCCGAGGUCCACAGUCUAAUCAUCAUUGAUUCACCAGUCCCGCGCAAGCUAGGAACUCUUCCUUCGGGCUUCUAUGAGUACUGCGGUCGACGAGGCCUUUUCGGCAGCGAGAUCCCACCCGCGUCGCUGAUUCCGCACUUCUUGAGAACGAUGGAGACAAUGCUGCCGUAUAAGGCUGUGCCUCUUCACGCGGGAAGAAUGCCGAAUGUGGGGUUGAUCUGGGCAUCUGAGACGGUGAUGGAUGCAAACGAUGCGCCUGAUUUGGGACUCAAGAUGGGGCGUGAUCAUUUCAUGCUGAAGCGGAGAGAAGAGUUUGGGCCUGAUGGAUGGGAUAAGCUAUUGCCGGGUGCAGAUUUCUUGCUUGAGAGGGUGAAAGCCGAUCAUUUUACCAUGAUGCAAAAGAAGCACGGUGGCCAGAUUCGGGCUCUGAUUGAUCAGGUCCUCGCUCAGAGCUAG